AACACGCAGAGACACCGGACGAGCAUGAAGACCAAGACGAUGAGGCUCCUGUUGCUCUCCUUCGUCUGUGUGAUAGCGGUGAUGUCCGCUGUCACACCACAACGGCCAACAACGGCAUGGACACCAAAGACACGGACAACAACGGCAUGGACACCAAAGACACGGCCAACAACGGCAUGGACACCAAAGACACGGACAACAACGGCAUGGACACCAAAGACACGGCCAACAACGACAUGGACACCAAAGACACGGCCAACAACGGCAUGGACACCAAAGACACGGACAACAACGGCAUGGACACCAAAGACACGGACAACAACGACAUGGACACCAAAGACACGGCCAACAACGGCAUGGACACCAAAGACACGGACAACAACCACAGAAUCACCUGGACUCAACCUGAACGGAAAGAUGUUGACUUUGUCCAAUGAUGGAGGAGCAUUCUUCUAUCGGCCGUAUUAUCAUCCCCCGAGCUCCACCACCGCCCGACCGUACUACACCACCUCCAGGCCCUGGACCACGGCCCCGGCGACCGGAGGUGUGUCCGUGUGUCUGCGCUACCUGUCCGAUGACCCCCCCUCUACGCUCUUCACUCUGAGUCCUUCCAGAAGUCCUCUGACCUUUUCAGUCCAUGGUCAGUGGUAUGGGCUGUACUUUUCAACAUAUGGUUACAGGCAACUGCGCUUCCAACCUAAUCUCCGGUUCUGGCCGAACGCCGCCCCGGACAUCUGGACCAGAGUCUGCCUCACCGUGGACUCCGGGAGGAAAGUGGCCCAGGUGUUCAGUGGCUCCAACAUCAGCACCAGGAAGAUGCUGCCUGCAGGGGUUAACUAUGUCUGGUCAGGUGAGCCUGUGAUGGACUUUCCAGGUUUUGAUGGUCAGUUGACAGACGUCCAGGUUUGGGAUUAUCCUCUCAGCUACAAAGAAGUCUUCAACUACAUGAUGGGCGGCGUCUACAUGCCCUACCGAGGCUCCGCCCUCUCCUGGUCCGACAUCAGCUACUCCCCCAGAGGACGCAUCCUAUUGGAGGACAACUAUGAGUUGCAGGGGAGGAAGCCAAUCGCCAGGGGCGGGCUUCGCAAACAUCGAGGAAAGGAGGGGAGGAAGGCCGGGAGGUUUUCCAACGCGGGGGAGAGGGAGAGAGAACCGCUUUAAUGAAACACACGUGCACGAGGAGCUAAUAAUGAAGAAUUUCUAUUAAUCACCACUACUAAUCAUAAAUCACCUAUCGAAGCGAUGGCAUUAUUAUGAAGAAGUCGCUCAUUAAUGCACCAAAAUGAUGAUUCUUUAAUUCCACUGAAUUUCUCCUUUAACGUGUAUUCACUUCCUCAUUUGAUCGUAAAACAAUAAAGAGACGACUGACGCGU